UAUUGACGACGUCGGGCAGCUUAUGCCUUUAGCGAUUCUAGAGAUAUAUAUACCACUAUCAAUAUCAGAGUACGAAACCACAAGAAUUGAACUAUGGGUUCCAUAGAAGUAGCAAACCAUAAGCCUCAUGCUUUGUGCAUUCCUUAUCCAGUUCAAAGCCACAUCAAGGCCAUGCUUAAACUCGCAAAGCUCCUCCACCAUAAAGGUUUUCAUAUAACCUUUGUUAACACCGAGUUCAACCAUAAUCGUUUCCUCAAAUCUCUUGGUCCAAACUCGCUCGAUGGCCUCCCAGACUUCAAGUUCGAAACCAUUUCCGAUGGCCUCCCUCCUUCCGACGCAGACACAACGCAAGACAUCCCUUCUCUUUGCUAUUCAAUUAGAAAAAACUUAAUGCUGCCUCCAUUUCGUCGACUCGUUAUGAAACUCAAUGACACCGGUGCAGGUAAUAGUAAUGAUAGUCCUCCGGUGACUUGCAUAUUUUCUGACUGGGCCAUGUUUUUCACCGUGGUUGCCGCUGAAGAGCUUGGUAUUCCUGUCGUUAUGUUGAUUACUUUGGCUGCUUGUGCUUUCAUGGGGCUCUGUCAGUAUCCAGCUUUGGAGCAAAAAGGACUUGUCCCUCUGAAAGAUCACGAGUGCUUAACAAAUGGGUUUCUGGACACUGUUAUAAAUUGGAUUCCAGGAAUGAUGGAUAUUCGACUAAAAGAUCUUCCAACCUUUUUACGAACUACAGAUCCCAACGACAUCAUGUUUAACUUCGUAAAAGAAGCAAGCGAGAAAGUUCAUAAAGCUUCAGCAGUUAUCAUACACACUUUUGAUGCACUGGAACAAGAUGUUUUGAAAGCUCUCUCAGCUGCUACUCCUAAUGUCUGUACAAUUGGCCCUUUUCAACUUCUUCUCAAUCAAUUACCAGAACAGUACAUUUCCAAGCAUUUUGGAUACAGUCUUUGGAAGGAAGACACUAAGUGCCUCCAAUGGCUGGAUACAAAGGCAACAAAGUCAGUAGUGUAUGUGAAUUUUGGGAGCAUAACAGUUAUGUCACAGCAACAACUAGUUGAGUUCGGUAUGGGACUUGCAAAUAGCAAGCAACCCUUUUUGUGGAUAAUUAGGCCUGAUUUGGUUGUAGGCAAGUCAGCUGUUCUGCCACCUGAAUUUGAAGACCAAGUUAAAGAAAUAGGUCAAAUAGCAAGUUGGUGUCCACAAGAACAAGUCCUCGGUCAUCCAUCAAUUGGAGGGUUUUUAACACACUGUGGGUGGAAUUCAAUCCUGGAGAGUUUAUCUGCUGGAGUGCCUAUGCUUUGUUGGCCAUUCUUCGCCGACCAGCAAACGAAUUGCCGAUAUAUUUGCGAAGAAUGGGAGGUGGGAAUGGAGAUUGAUAAUGAUGUGAAGAGAGAUGAAGUAGAAAAGCUUGUGAGAGAGUUAAUGGCGGGAGAGAAGGGUAAGAAAAUGCAAAGCAAAGCUAUGGAGUGGAAGAGACAGGCUGAAGAAGCUACUGGUCCACUAGGUUCUUCUUCCAAAAACUUUGAUAGUUUGGUAAACAAUAUGGUUUUGAGAAAACAGUAAAUGGAACAAGAAAAAUAUUGCUUUUUGUUGUGUGUUGAAAUUUAAUUUGGAUGUUUUUAAUUAUUCGCUAAUCAAUGGUAGUGUCUUGAACGUUUGUGAAAUUCUACUUCUUUGAGUGGUGUUUGUCUUAGAUAAUUGAAUUAAUGCAAAGA